AAAAUCCUCCCACCGGAACAGCCUCCAUGGUGGCCCUGGCUAGCUAGUAUGUCGGGCCAGCUUGGCUAUGAUGUCAGGCGGUGUUAUUAAUUAUUACGUGACAACAACGUCGCAGCAGCGUUAGGAGGAAAGCAGCCGCUGUGUCCUUUUAUCGUCAGUCAAUGUCAGCUGGUUCUUGGCAGUGUUAUGGAUGAACCAUGAAGGCCCAAUUACAAGUCACAGUGCUUUCAGCCAAGCUGAAGGAAAACAAAAAGAACUGGUUCGGCCCCAGUCCAUAUGUGGAAGUAGCCGUGGAUGGCCAGUCAAAGCGGACCGAGAAGUGCAACAACACACACAGUCCAAAAUGGAAGCAGGCGCUCACCGUGAUCGUGACUCCUCUCAGCAAGCUGAUAUUCCGUGUUUGGAGCUACCAGACGCUGAAGGCAGACAUCCUGUUAGGAAUGGCCACUCUGGAGAUCCAGGAGACGCUGAAGGCUAACGACUUGAAAUUGUCCGAGGUGGUACAGACGCUGCAGCUGUGCUCCGACAGAGACUCCCGGGACGUCGUCGGUGACCUGUCAGUCUGUCUAGAUGGCAUGCAAGUCGACCCCGAAGCCUUUGCCUCAGCAGAGAGAGACCAUGUUUCCCUCAGAGAUGAUGCGAGACAAAACGGCAACAGGCCAAGCAGAGACACGUCUCCGUCCAGCGACUCUGACGAGUGGGUCAUCGUACCUGAUGCUUGCACUGUCAACUCCCAGUCCGUAGGAGGUGCCACCGGUUCUCAUCGCUCUCGACCAGCUCGACCUUCUUCCGCUCCUGCUUCCUCUAGCAGUUCAUCUCCAAGUGAGUUAAGUGAGGGUCUGGCAUCUGAAGGCUCGCCCCAGGCAUCUGCCAGCGUGAGUUCAGAUCUUCAUGACAACACGGGUGCAGCGGCAGCAGCAGCAGCAGCAGCAGCAGCAGUAGCAGCAGCUGUAGCAAAACCUGCUGCUAAUGGGCCCAAACCCGUGGCACCAGCGGCGCCAUCCACCGCAGCUUCCAGGGCCAUGAGCAGUGGCCCCAUGCCACCAGGCUGGGAGCAGCGUGUGGACCCAAAUGGACGUAUGUACUUUGUCGACCACAUUGAAAAGAGAACUACCUGGGACCGACCAGAGGCUCUACCUACAGGCUGGGAACGCAGGGUGGACCCCAUGGGCCGGGUGUACUUCGUGGACCACAUCACCAGGACGACCACGUGGCAGCGCCCCACACAGGAGUCUGUGCGUAACUACGAGGAGUGGCAGCAUCAGCGCAGCCAGCUGCAGGGAGCCAUGCAGCAGUUUAACCAGAGGUUCAUCUAUGGGCUCCAAGACCAGCUUGCGGCAACAUCCAACAAAGAGUUUGACCCACUGGGACCCCUGCCGCACGGUUGGGAAAAGAGGACAGACAGCAAUGGCAGAGUGUAUUUUGUUCACCACCCAACACGGGCAACACAAUGGGAAGACCCCAGGACACAAGGGCUGCUCAAUGACAAGCCUUUGCCUGAAGGGUGGGAGAUGAGGUUCACCGUGGAUGGCACUCCCUACUUUGUGGAUCACAACAGACGAACCACAACCUACAUUGACCCACGUACAGGGAAAUCCUCCCUUGAAAACGGCCCACAGAUUACCUACGUGAGGGACUUUAAAGCCAAAGUGCAAUACUUCAGGUUCUGGUGUCAGCAACUAUCAAUGCCUCAGCACAUUAAGAUUUCUGUCACCAGGAAAACUUUGUUUGAGGAUUCAUUCCAGCAGAUCAUGAGCUUCCAUCCUCAAGAUCUUAGACGCAGAUUGUGGAUCAUUUUCCCCGGAGAGGAAGGUUUGGACUAUGGAGGUGUGGCUAGGGAAUGGUUCUUCUUGCUUUCUCACGAAGUGCUGAACCCUAUGUACUGUUUGUUUGAGUAUGCUGGCAAGGACAACUACUGCCUGCAGAUCAACCCUGCAUCCUACAUUAACCCGGACCACCUCAAGUACUUCAAGUUCAUUGGCCGCUUCAUUGCCAUGGCCUUGUUCCACGGCAAGUUCAUCGACACAGGUUUCUCCCUGCCUUUUUACAAGCGCAUCCUGAACAAGCCACUUGCUCUCAAAGACUUGGAGUCCGUGGAUCCAGAGUUUUACAACUCUCUCAUAUGGAUCAAGGAUAACAACAUAGAAGAGUGCGGUCUGGAGAUGUUCUUCUCUGUCGACAAAGAGAUCCUGGGGGAGGUCACCACCCACGAGCUCAAGCCAGACGGCGGAAACAUUCAAGUGACUGAGGAAAACAAGGAGGAGUACAUCAGGCUGGUGGCAGAGUGGAGGCUGUCCAGGGGUGUGGAGGAGCAGACCCAGGCCUUUUUUGAGGGCUUCAAUGAGGUCCUACCCCAGCAAUACCUGCAGUACUUUGAUGCUAAGGAAUUAGAGGUGAUGCUGUGUGGGAUGCAGGAGAUCGACCUCGUGGACUGGCAGAGGAACGCAAUCUACAGACAUUACACUCGAAGCAGCAAGCAGAUUCUUUGGUUUUGGCAGUUUGUGAAGGAGAUGGACAACGAGAAGAGGAUGAGGCUGCUGCAGUUCGUCACCGGUACUUGUCGUCUUCCCGUUGGCGGCUUCGCCGACCUCAUGGGAAGCAACGGGCCGCAGAAGUUCUGCAUUGAGAAGGUGGGCAAAGAGAACUGGCUUCCGCGAAGCCACACGUGCUUUAAUCGUCUGGACCUGCCUCCUUACAAGAGCUACGAGCAGCUGAAGGAGAAACUCAUGUUUGCCAUCGAGGAGACAGAAGGUUUCGGGCAGGAGUAACCACAGCACUUUUUCCUCGCGUUUGUCUCUACAGCCUGGAGCUGCUUUUAUUUCCCAGAGUCACCAACUAUAUGCAAUUCCGCAGCUGCUUUCAAAGCGCUUUCAGAAUAAGAGACUCUUCCCUGCAUUGAUCUGACAUGGCUCCGCGUGCUAACAGUGGUUGUUUCUUCACCCCUUUCACAACAUGCUUAACGCUGUGCAAAUGUGGAACAGAAAAAGCUCCAUGAGGACCUCCCUGUCAAGACUAUGCACUCAGAUUAUAUUUUGAAAUUAUAUUUGAUUUAUACAUCUAAAAAAAUCUGUUUUUUUCUUGUAUUCGAAUGGCUGAUUGGAUUGAUUAAUGUAGCACAGGCUGUUCUUUUAAAAAAAAAAAUCUUCUCAUUUAGUAGUUUGCACAUGGACUGUGAAGGGCAAGACAGCAUGCUUUUAUUUCUUUUUCUUUUUCAAGUGCAAUAGUUUCGCAGCUGUACCAACAAUAGUCUUGAUCACUCUACGAGAUAAGUUUUCACUUUUCAGUGCUGAUUUUACUCUCUGAUUUGAAGACCGGCCGGCGCAGGUUUUCAAAUCUUUUUAACGGUUUGGUUUAGAGUUCAUCGGACCAGGACCAAAUUAGCAGAAAAAAGGGGGCGUUCUUAUCUGUGUAAUACAAAAAUAUCGGCCCUCGA